AUGGGUCUACAAGCCAUCGAACUACUUGCCAUCAGUCUGGCUGUUGCCAUCUUCUUCGCUCUUCUUUUGAUCAUUCUCAAUUGUGUCACAUCAUGUUAUCAAAAUUGUCGAACAUCAAGACGAAAAUCCGAUGUUGAAAAGCUGCCUGAUGAUUAUGUGAAUGAAAUUCACCGUCUAUUAGAUAGACAUAAAAAGGUGAUGAACAAUAUUGAAAUACACGAAGAAUAUCAGAGGCUAUCUGACGAACCUCCACUCUCACCCAUAACAGAGUCAAUGGUUGGCACACCUGUACGUGUGAGAUCAAGAAGUAAUUCUGUAAAGUUGCAAAAGUUGAAAGAUGAGCUGGAGGAGUAUCGUAUAGAUAAAGACGAUAUAAAGUGCGGCGAUAAAGAUGAAUGCGAAGACAGACGAAGAACAUGGGGAGGCUUGAACGAUUCAAUUUUUGAUCCCAUAGACUUGCCUAACAGCAGUGACGCUCAAGUUCAAACCACGGGAACAUUACAGCGAAUGAGCACUCCAGCAGUUAUGAAAAUUGAAACAACAGUUUAA